AUGCCAGGAUCCAACAACACCAGUCCCAGUUCUUCCAGGUCCCAGCAGCAAAACAGCCCCAGACCACACACUGACCUGCCAUAUUUUACAGUGCCAGAGUUUGAUGGAAAGAACGUGUCAUCAGUGAUGGGUUUCGAGAGUACAGCAGCCACAUGCCUGCAGACGCGAGGAAUGCUGCUGGGUGUGUUUGAUGGCCAUGCUGGUUGUGCCUGUGCACAGGCGCUGAGUGAGAGGUUGUUUUACUACAUAGCUGUGUCUCUGCUGCCCCACAACACACUGUGUGAGCUCGAGGCAGCUGUGGAGGCUGGCAGGGCCCUCAGUCCCAUCCUGCAGUGGCACAAACACCCCAACGACUACUUCAGCAAGGAGGCUCAGACUCUUUACUUCAACAGCCUCCGAACCUACUGGCAGGAGUUAAUAGAUCUCACCAGCCCAGGCGAAGUUCCAGACACCCGUGAGGCCUUGUUGAACGCCUUCAAGAGGCUGGACAAUGACAUUUCCCUGGAGGCUCAGGUUGGAGACCCGAAUGCUUUCCUGCACUACUGGGUCCUGAGAGUGGCCUUUUCUGGAGCAACGGCCUGCGUGGCUCACAUCGAUGGAUCAGAACUAUUUGUAGCCAAUUCAGGAGACGCUCGGGCAGUGUUGGGGGUACAGGAGGCGGAUGGUUCAUUCAGCGCUCACACGCUCUCUAAUGACCACAGCGCCCAGAAUGAGGCGGAGGUGGCUCGGAUACGAAGUGAACACCCUCCAUCAGAGAGGAAGACAGUUAUACGACAGGACCGGUUGCUCGGCCUCCUCAUGCCGUUACGUGCGUUUGGGGAUGUAAAGUUCAAAUGGAGUAUUGAUCUGCAGAAGUGUGUGUUAGAGUCUGGACCUGAUCAGCUCCAUGAAAACGAGCACACCAAGUUUAUCCCUCCAAACUACCACACACCCCCCUACCUGACCGCCGAGCCUGAGAUCACGUACCACAAACUGCGGCCACAGGAUCGUUUCAUGGUGAUUGGCUCUGACGGCCUCUGGGAGACGCUGCACAGACAGGAAGUGGUUCGUAUUGUGGGGGAGUAUUUAACAGGGGUGCACCAGCGCCAGCCCCUCAAAGUCGGAGGCUACAGGGUCACCCUGGGACAGAUGCAGGAGCUGCUUGAUGAGAGAAAGGCUCGCAUGUCUUCGGCUUUCGAGGAUCAGAACUCUGCGACCCACCUGAUACGUCACGCGGUGGGAAACAACGAGUUUGGCACGGUUGACCACGAGAGGCUGUCAAAAAUGCUGUCGCUGCCCGAAGAGCUGGCUCGCAUGUACCGCGAUGACAUCACCAUCAUCAUCGCUCAGUUCAACCCUCACGUGAUUGGAGCACAGAGACAGGACGGGCAAUCCUGAGCUGUACAAAAGCCAUUCACUGGUGUUUUACUGAGGAGUACACACACUUGUGUAACGUCUACACAAAAGCACACUCUGUGGACAAACAGGCCAUAUUAAGAAAAUAUCUGUCCAGCAGUUGGAAAGAGUUGUUUUAACAUUAUUUAUGUAAAGAAUUUGUAUGUUUGUAUGCCAUACUAGAGAGGAUCCUGUUCCCCGUGAAGUUCAGAUCUUUGUUGGAUCGAAGCCUCUUAUAUAAAAUCCUAUUUAUGCUACAAAUAUCCUCUGGCAACGGUUUGACAUUCCCUGGUUGGCUGAUAAGACGCUGUUACAAACUGAUUAUUGUGCCAAAAGAUUCAACCUCCUCGUCUGCUGAAAGACUCAGCAGGGUUGAAA